UAACCCUUAUCCUCAAGCUACUCCCAACUCUCAAUACACCCUCUAGUCAACGAUUAGGCCGCCCUCCAAAGACCAAAUCAAUUCCCAGCACGGAAUAUUGUGUCUCGGUUAGGUCAGGUCCUCAGCUUGCCGAUCGAUCGAGUUGUUAAACCGCCUCCCUCAACACUCAAACAAAAACAAAACAAAAUUUUAAAGAAAACAAGUCGAAAUAUCAAUCCUCAUUCGUACUCUCCAGCUUAUGUUCUUUGCUAUUUUUCUCACCACUGUUGCAUCUGAACGUCGUCGGAAAUGGGCUCGGGCUCAGUCGUCGUCGCGGAGUUAGAAGGUGGCCUGCUAAAAAGCUCCGACCCGUUCCCUUACUUCAUGCUAGUCGCCUUCGAGGCCUCGGGCCUGAUCAGAUUCGCUCUGCUUCUACUGUCCUGGCCGGUUGUAAAAUUUCUGGAGUUUUUCGACUUAUCUGACCUCGGGCUCCGGAUGAUGAUAUUUAUAUCCGUGGCCGGCGUCAGAGAGUCGGAGAUCGAGGCGGUCUCGAGGGCGGUGCUGCCGAAAUUUUACAUGGAUGAUGUUGAUAUGGAGGCUUGGGCGGUAUACAGUGGCUAUGACAAGAGGGUUGUGAUGAGCAAGUGUCCGAGGGUGAUGGUGGAGAGGUUCGUGAAGGAUCAUCUGCGGGCGGACGAGGUGGUCGGAGGCGAGCUCGUGGUGAAUAAGUCCGGCGUCGCAACCGGAUUCAUUAAGAUGUCAACGGCACCGGUGAUGCUGAACGGUGAUCGGCCGGUGGCGGGACUGGGGAGAGGGUGGUCCGGGUUGGAUUUGUGCAAGGAACACCACACUCGUCCCUUCACCGACCACCGAAAGCUCGUUGGCGCCCCCGGCGUUCGCGCCGCCCGAUCCCCGUCAUUCUUCCACGACGUGGUCGCCUCGCCGCCGACCGACCCUCCACCUCCCUCCUAUCCUCCUCUACCUCCCAUCGGCAUCCUCCUCGCGUCGUCCGCAUCUUCUCCUCGGCCUCCUCCUCCCGAUGCGCUUCAUCCCUACAUGGUCGGCAUCUUCGGCGGCGCGUCAUCGUCCGCGGGCCGCGCCCCGCCUCCCACCGGCGAGAGCGCUGCGCCGGCCAUCCUCUUCGUGUGCACCACCGCCCUCAUGGACCCCGUCGUCCUCUCCAUUUGGCUCGGCGCAAGCAUCCCCGCCGUCACCUACUCAUCUCCCGCUCUCCGAGAUCCUUCCCCGAUCCCCACCGUCCGCCUCAGCGCGAGACCGCCGCAGCCGGACGCCGCCGCUAGAAGUCGAGCUGGCCAACGGCCCUCGUUGGUGUGCCCCGAAGGCACCACGUGCGAGAGCCCUUCUUGCUGCGGCUUCUCCGCCCUCUUCGCCGAGCUCACCGACAGGAUAGUCCCCGUGGCGAUGAACUAUCGGGUCGGGCUGUUACGCGACGACCGCCGAGGGUGGAAGGCGAUGGACCCGAUAUACUUCUUCAUGAACCCGAGACCCGUCUACGAGGUGACGUUCCUGAACCAGCUGCCGGUGGAGGACUGCUCCGCCGCAAGAGCCCCUACGGACGUGGCGAACUACGUCCAGCGGGUUUUGGCGGCAAGCUUGGGGUUUGAAUGUAGCGAACUUCACGAGGAGGGAUAGUACAGGGUU